GGAGCACCCAGGCACUGUGGGUAUCCGUUUACCCAAGGCUGGUGCCCCUUCCGGGGAGGCCUGGCCCAGCCACUCCGCCGGGACCCAGAGAACUUAUUUUCCUGUGAAAAUGCCUACCACAAAGAAGACAUUGAUGUUCUUAUCAAGCUUUUUCACCAGCCUUGGGUCCUUCAUUGUAAUUUGCUCUAUUCUUGGGACACAAGCAUGGAUCGCCAGUACAAUUGCUGUUAGAGACUCUGCUUCAAAUGGGAGCAUUUUCAUCACUUACGGACUUUUUCGUGGGGAGAGUAAUCAAGAAUUGAGUCACGGACUUGCAGAACCAAAGAAAAAGUUUGCAGUUUUAGAGAUACUGAAUAAUUCUUCCCAAAAAACUCUGCAUUUGGUCACUAUCCUGUUCCUGGUUCUGAGUUUGAUCACGUCGCUGCUGAGCUCUGGGUUUACCUUCUACAACAGCAUCAGCAACCCUUACCAGACGUUCCUGGGGCCGACGGGGGUGUACACCUGGAACGGGCUCAGCGCAUCCUUCGUCUUUGUGACCAUGAUACUGUUUGUGGCGAAUACGCAGUCCAACCAACUCUCUGAAGAGUUGUUCCACAUGCUUUACCCGGCAACCGCCAGUAAAGGAACGACCCACAGUUACGGAUACUCAUUCUGGCUCAUACUGCUCGUCAUUCUUCUAAAUAUAGUCACUGUAACCAUCACCAUUUUCUACCAGAAGGCCAGAUACCAGCGGAAGCAGGAGCAGAGAAAGCCAAUGGAAUAUGCUCCAAGGGACGGAAUUUUAUUCUGAAUUCUCUUUCAUCUCAUUUUACAUCAGCCCUGAGAAGUAACUGAUUAGCUUCUCUGGACAAUUCAGCAUGGUAACGUGACUGUCAUCUGUGACAGCGUUUGUGUUUCGUGAUGCUGUGUUCUUCAUUGAUGCUGUACUCCUGGAAAGUUUUUCCCACAAGGUUGGGGAAAAUGAAUGGGAAAUGUAGUGACAUGGUCUAUGUGGUAUUCAAAGCAGUAGUAUCACGAUGAGCGUAACGAACCUUCUGACCUGGUCUCACGAUCUGAAAUAAUAAAAGGCUGUGUCAUGUU